ACGGUAACUAGCAUUCCAAGUUUAAAACUAAGACAAACGACCUGUCGUUAACCAUGUGAACCAGAACGAAAGCAAAGCUGUGGGGCAGCUUGCCUUGUGGUUCACCGAACCAGAAAAAAUGGUCAGCUAAUUGAACAAUACAAAAACCAAACCACAAGCAUUGAAGGAGCUACAGAACAUCCACUGGGAAGUUUCUUUUCUGUAGCAUGUUGUUUUCUUGGUUAAAGCAAGUAUGCAUAAUUCUCUGCUUAAAAACCCUUCUCUCCUUACUUUUAUGAUCCCUUAUUUCCUCUAAAAUUCACACCCAAAAUAUAGCCUUUUUGUUGCUUUCUUUCUGGGUUUUGUUUGACUUGUGAGAUACUGUUCCCAUUUCCCAAAUCCAUUAGCUGUUGUUGGAUCACUUCUUGAGGUUUUAUUUCUCGCCUUUUCUCUUCUACAUUUCUCUAUAAUUGUUUCUAAUCAUGUUGGUUUUUUUCCCUGUUCUGGCAAAUUUGACAAAAGGAGCUUUCAACUGUCCAGCAACCCUUUUUUUCUUUUCUUGAAGGGUGAAAAUUAUAAGAAUUUUUACAUACUACUCUACAAAAAGAAAUGAUUUUUAUUUUUUCUAUUUGGUGCUCAUGUUAAUUAAAAUGGCACACAAGAAUGGUGAGUCUUUGAGGCUUGUUGACUAGACCGUAGCGUAGUUGAUGAUCUUGAUAGAAAAGAAGGAUUCUUGGCAAGACAGAUUCUGGGUUUAAUUUAGAAGAGAGUGAAGGGAAUGUGGAAAUUGAGGAUUUCUUAUUUGUUAAUUUGAGCCUGAGCAGUUAUAUAAACUUUGAGGGUAUUGUGAAUAUUGAGGAAAAAUGAUCUUACAUUAGGCUUUGAUAAGCUAGUUGUUUUAUAAAUUUAAAUUGUUUGUUGAAAUUGAAGUGACUCUAAGAAAGUGAGGGCGAGACCAAAUUUUGUUCUUUUUGUUAGUUGUGCAACUUGACAUUUGAAUGGUUGUUUUGUACUAUGAGCUUUGUGUUUCUGCUUCUAUAUCCUUUACUGAAGUGUUAUUAUUGAUUUGUUUAACUGAAGGGAUUAGUUAUAUUGCUAUAGAGUAGAUUAAGGAAGAAAACCAGGGCUGUAUCAGAUUACAUGAUAAUUCAAACUGUCUUGUGUUUUCUUAGUUUCGUCGGUGUAGUUAGGAUUUACUUUUCAGGGGGCAUAAUGAGACUGUAGUGCAAAAAGUCGAUAACUCUAAAAUGAGUUCAGGUCCAGGUAUCAAGUUGAGAACUUGUCGAAUCCAAAGCCCUGAUCCAAUCCAUGAGAUCUGAUAAGUGAACUUUUGAGUAUACAGGAAUAUAUAGGCUCGUAUUGUGUUAUAUGUUAUAUAACACAAUACGUGUGUUUUUCGUACGGGAGGGAAAGGGUGAAUUAUGUGUAUAGCCCUCUACAUAGGUCUUCAUUUAGGAGAUUCCUGUUACUAGUUGGCAACUUAUACUAUUUGCAUUGAGGUGUUUCCAGGCAAUGCCAGCAUGAUUGUUUGCUCUGCUAUCAAAACAUGUGUGAAGAAUGUUGUCCACCUGAGUGGCCGUGUUCAACAAAUGGGCAGCACUAUUUUGAAUGUGGUGUCUAGAGGACAAUCCACUUCCCGCUGUUUUUCUUUGUACCCUAGUCAUUCCAGAUCAAAUUAUUCUCGUUUGUCUGUCUCAAAGACAUUCUCUUGUCCAUCAAUUAGCUUUCACACGUUGCAUAGAAACUGUUUUGGAUCCGACUCAAUCAAGCAAAGGUAUAAUUUGCUAUCAUUAACUGUAAAAGGUGUAGUUAAUUCCAGAGGUCCUCUGAAGAGACAAUUCAAUAUUUCAUUGCCAAGCCAAAACAUGGCUCUGAGGUUUUCAGUUUCGAAACGAGGACUGCUCGCCAAAAUCAAGGCUACUCGGAAGAACAAAGAAGAGGACAUUUGCAAUUCAUCAGAUAUUAAAUUCUCACAUGGGAAGGAAGUCUACACUGACUAUUCCAUUAUUGGAGUACCAGGAGAUGGUAGAUGUUUGUUCCGUUCGGUGGCUCAUGGGGCUUGUUUACGGUUUGGGAAACGAGCUCCAAGUGAAAGCCUUCAGAGAGAAUUAGCAGAUGACUUGCGUUCUAAAGUUGCUGAUGAGUUUAUCAAGAGAAGGGAAGAUACAGAAUGGUUUAUAGAAGGCAAUUUUGACACCUAUGUGUCACAAAUGAGGAAGCCACACGUGUGGGGUGGUGAGCCUGAGUUGUUAAUGGCUUCACAUGUUCUCAAGAUGCCAAUCACUGUGUACAUGCACGACAAGAAUGCCAGGGGCUUGAUAUCCAUUGCAGAGUAUGGUCAGGAGUAUGGGGUGGAAAAUCCAAUUAGAGUUAUAUAUAAUGGAUUUGGUCAUUAUGAUGCCUUGCAAUUUUCCUGGAACCAGAGGCGGUAAAUCAAAACUUUAGCUGUGCUUUUUAACUGAAACUGGAAAGAAAAUCAUGAUAUAUGAAUGCAAUUGUAUCGUUUUAUGUUAUGUUGCGUACUGUAGUAAUUUUCUUAACAGAUUAAAUUCUCUGUUUUAAAUUUUUUGAA